AGUGGCAGUUCCUCCAACUUAGAGCUCAUCCAGAGAACUGUCAUCGAAAGAGGUAUCAAAAUUAAUCACCGAAGAACACCGAACAACUAGAACCAAUCUUCACAAUCCACACAGCUGCUAGCUGCACCAAGACGCGAUAAAAAGUCACGACUACUUCUUCAGUUCAACAAAGAUAAUUGCGGAGCGAGUUGUUGUCUUUGGCACCAUCAUCAAAGAACCCGAGUUUUUUCAUCUAAAAGUAGCAGUAGGUCGUGGACAAAGAUCAACCGAACAAAAGAAUUGUAAAAUUAAAUUAUAAAUAUCAACAAGCUGAGUAUUUCUUCAGCACUUACCGCACAACUCGAAUACAAGGAACGAUGGCAAAAUCCUCGCUGUACGGUUUUGCCUCCGGCGUUCUAGCGCUGACCACGACCCUGCGUGGCAUUGCUGACUUCUGUUCCUUCCGGGACCAAUUUACGCAAUGUAAAUAUGUCUGAGUGGUCUGGAAGGAUGCGAACUUGUGAUGCUAAUUCUGGAGAACGCAAAAUAAAAUCUGUGUUGCUUGAGCACCAAUAGUUGCCAAUAACUCCUUGCGCCGUUGCAAAAUACGAAUUUGUUAUGCGCGAUAGGCAUUGGAAAGCAUGCUUAGAUCCGAAUUCCAGCCCAUUUAUGUAGUCCAGAAGAUGCAUGGCAAACUUCUGCACUUUUAUUCCAGACCUAGACACAUUUGCACUUGAUGCAUUUCCUUCUCGCGGGAGUGUCCGUAUCACGAGCAAAAGUAUUAUCGCACUCGUGCGAAUCGCAGUCGUGCAUCACAGACGCAGCUUUGGCUGGCUGCCUGAAUCUGCCUCACAAAUCCUGUCAAUUUUGUUCUUGUUGUAAAAACUUUAUAGAUAUAUUUAUGCAGUCGAUACAACUUCGUUCUAGUGCACUACUUUUGCAUUGCAUAGUCCGGUCUCCAGCUACAGGUCUCCACCUCGCUCUCGCCCUCGUCGCGCGCUGCAGCCGCACGUCCUUCUGCUGAUGGAUAUCCCGUGUAAAAACGUUUCCUUCCGCCCAGAGUUGUCACGCAGAUUUGCUGCUCCCACAGGAACAUUUGCAAUGCGCGCCCCGCCUAUGUUGAGAGGCAUUCUUAGUCGCGUUUUGGAAUUUGUAAUGCUGUAUAGCAGGAUCAGUUUCAGCAGAUCCUGAUGGCUUCGUGAUGCGGCCUGCAUUACACUACAGCAAGAAAGGACAUCUCCCAAAGUGCCGGGAUGUCGAUGUGUGUUGCAAAGCUAAAAUUCCCAUGAUGAUCUUGACGACUCAGCGGCGGGUACGUUUUUCCAAAGGAUGAAGAUUCAGGUCCUGCAAGGUCUCCAGAAGCAGAACCAACAACCUUCAUGUGUAUGCGAGCGUCAGGACCUACUAGGAAAUCUAAUCAGAAUGGAAGCGGUUUUUUGCAAGAGUUGUGUUGCGUGCUGAAUGUGAAAAAAUGCUACGACUUACUUCUCGCAAGUUGUAGUCAUCUGUAUUGGCAGAACAAGGAUAUGCUUGCAGGUUGGGCCGCAAUUGAAGCCGAUGCAGCGGGGCGUGACGAGGUUCAGUUCUAUCUCUAUGUCCUGCCCGAGUUCUUUUCGUCACGCAUAUAAUUUGCAUUCGCCCACCCGUCCUGCUCCCAGAACAUGUCGCAUGGGGGGGAUAAUCCUGUUGCCUCGUUCAUCUGGUAGUUGUUUGACACUGGGGGCACCGGAGCAUUCUGGGUUUGCGCCCAGCUUUCGUGGCCGCGCUCCGUGGCACCCACGACACGUGAUUUCUUCGAUGCAAUAUUAACGAGCGGCCCGUGUUGCAGACUGUUUGCGCGUGUGGGGCCGGCCAGGCAGCGUGGGAUGUGGUCCGGCAGUGUGUGAAACCGUUGGGCGGCCGCGCCACAGGUCGCACCUGCUAUCGGCCUCCUGGCCCGAUGUUGUCGGGGUCAGUGGCCUUGCGACGGAGCACGAGUUGUGGCCCCAACACUGAUUGAUGAGGGUGCUUGUCGAUCACGCGCGCAAUUAUCGCGAUUGUGCCGCACCAGCUGACGAGCGCGCAUCCAGACUGUGCCGCCCAACCUUUUUCAUUACCACGGAGAAACUAGGACACAACCUGUCCUGGGGCUGGGCUGUGUUUACGCAUUGCAAAAGAAAAAAUAUCCGGGUCUGGAAUUAGGGUGCGCAGCUGGAAGUUGCGGGACUCCACCGAGGUCUGUAUUGCAUGAAGGGGAUCAACAUUGGCCCGCGGUUUUUUUGAAAUCGUGUUGGAAGGCAGUUGUUGGUCCUCGCCAUGCUCAAUCGAAGACGAAUGAACACGAAAUAAGACCCGAACAACUUGCGAUGCGCCGUUCAUGAUCAUGCGGUAGUACUGAGGAGUAAGUAGGUACUGAGGAGUAAGUAAAAGAAGCGGAUGCGGACAGUAAUGCUGGGUGGCGCAGGAAAGCGCUGCAUCUUCAGCAUGACAGGAGGCAACUAGAAAUGGGAAACAGCACGACAAAUCGCCUGCAAUGAAGGCCGCAGCUGCGUCUCAUGGCCUUCUAGCAAUACAAGGCGACUUGUGUUGUACUCAAAUACAGCAUCACAAAUUUCCUUUUCGAUAUGGGGAGGCGGGGUGAUUUUUCUUUGCGAUAAAAUCCUGAUCGAGGGGCCUGGGCUGCAGCUCGAGCGGGCGGGUUAUCAAAUGCAAAAAUGUCUGGGUCUGGAAGAAUGCAACUUGUAAUGCUGCGUUUUGAUGUCUAAAAAAUUUGUGUUGCAUGAGCAGCAAAAGGAUUCUAAUUUUUGCUACGCGGAGAGGGCAUUUGUAAUGCGGAAUAUGCAUCAAGAAUCUCUCAAAAAACCUGUGAUGCUACGACAUGCAUCACAGACAUCAUGAUGGCUCAUGCAAACCGUGCAUGACAAGGCUCAGAAUCUUCCAGACCCAGAUGACACUUUUGCAUUUGAUACCGGUAGUAGUGCUGGCAGUGCUGGCACAACCACCUCCAACAGGACAGCAGUUGUACCCGAGUGGGCGAAGAAGAAAGGGGUAUUGCCGGGUGACGCCAUCGUAUGAACUGCAAAAGUAUCGUACUAAGUAGUAGUAAUUGCAAUACAAAUUAGCUCAGCUUGUUGACAAAUGGGAAUUUGUCAUGCUGUUUUAUCUUGGGAUGGAGAUUUGUAAUGCAUGAUUGCGAUUACUACGAGUGCGAUACUUUUGCACAGGAUACAUCGUGGUUUGCAACGAUUUCCAAUGUGGCGACAGCACCAGUGGGCUGGAAAAACUACAGCAGCUGUUCAACACAACAACUUCCGACCCCACCGGCGCGUACGUGAUUCUCCGACGGGAGGCCGGCUUUCCGGACGCUGUUUUGAGAACGGAAGUAAACCUGGAUCGCCCCUUGCCCUAUGAACUGCAAAAGUAUCGUACUAGUAUAAAUCACAUGACAAAUUUCCUCAGCAUGAGAAAUGAAAUUUGUAAUGCGGAUUUAACUGCGGUGGCAGGAUCCAGCGCCCCUAGGUCGGGGGCGCUCCUGCCUUAGCCGUAUGGGACCCCGUGGGCAGAAGUAUCCACUCGCGCGCCGCGCCCGUUCUAGUUAGGGUCCAUCUUCGCUUUUUCUUCUCUUCACCAAUUCGACAGGUCAAGCAAAUCAUUUCACGCAGUUCGCUCCGGCUACAGUGAUCUACCUAAACUUCUAUUUUGAUUUUACAUUGCAAGGUGGUGAUAAGUUGAGACACUAUUCACCAGCUAUUUACAAGCAGGAACAUAGAUAGUACGUUUAAACUACAGUUACUCGCUCGCCUAAAGUAGAAGCGAGCACCCGAUUGAUUUUACAUUGCAACGUAUAAAUGCAUUACAAAUUUCGAUUUCCUCAGCAUGAGAAAUAGAAUUUGUAAUGCGGAUUGUGGUUAAGAAGGAGAUUUGUAAUGCAUGACUGGGAUUGCCGUUCAUGAUCAUGCGGUAGUACUGAGGAGUAAGUAUCUAGAACGGGCGUGCGCUCCGCGCCCGCCGGCCCGGCGACGAGGGGGUGCAAGGGGGAGCGAGGGAGAAAGAACCCCUAGGGGAAAGCCCACGGCCCAAAUCCCACGGGGCAUGCCCAAACUUUGCUAACACCACAGGCGGAAAGCAAUGCCCACACACACACAGACAUCAAGGCCGCAGGGCGCGGAGGGUGGCAGGGGCAUAAAACGCAGCCACCUCCCAGGCCUCCACAAACAGGGCGGCCGGAAGGCGUUCGCAGAACCUUUGCGAAGGCCCGGAAGGCUAACCACAGGAAACAGAGGCGGGCCACAGGAAACAGGGCGAAAAGGGGGCACGAACGGCCAAAAGACCAGAUGAAACGGGGCUGGCGCAAGGCAAGACAAAGAGCACAGACAGGAGGGGCACUGCUGGCGAUAUGCUUGCUCUAAAAGCCAGAAAGCCGACAACAAGAGCAAGUGGGCCAAGACUUGCUUCGACCAAACGAAAGCCCUGAAAACGAAACUAAUGCGCCGAAGCAGGGCACGGAGGCGAGGCGCAAACCAAAAAGCCCGGCAACCCAAAGGAAACGGGGCAAAAGUAUGCAACGCCGUUGGGGCCGAAGAGGCCCCGCGGCGGCGAGCACGCGGGAGACGCAAGUCUGCAGAGUCACACGCGGAAGGGAAAGGCGAAAAUUGGCGCCAAACCCCUCGCAACAGGGGGUGAAUGACAAGGGGCGCCAAAAUGCAGCACGACUUCGGCCCGGGGCAGCCAAUCGGCAGCCGCCAGCCAGGCAACUAAGAGGGCUCGGCAAAGGAAGGCCGCAGCCCCAAGGCCCCUGACCGAGGCCCCUUGACAGGCGGCCCAGGCGAGCUUUUGCUGGUCUAUUCCCUUCGGGGUUUCUCGCUCCGGCUGCGUUGGCGGGUUUUCUCACUAGUGUUUCCGCUUUCCCCAAAAUCGGGUUUUUUGUCACUAGUGUCUCCACUAGUGGGCGCCUUCACUAGUGGCGCCUGUCACUAGUACCGGUCGCGGCUUUUUGUGACGCUAAAAACACUAGCAGGAUUUCUACUAGUAGCCGUUUUUCUACUAGCACAAUUCUACUAGCAGCAUUUCCACUAGCACCUCGCACCCCCGCGUCCGCCAAAAUUUUUUGAAUAGUAUUAUAGAUAAUUGUUGCUAUCAUGCGGUAGUACUGAGGAGUAAGUAGUUGCUGGCUUUGUAUGCGUGUCCGUGUCUGCCGCAUGUUGCAACUGCGGCAAGCUAGCUACUGCGUUUCAAGCGCGCUGACCUAGCUCGCUGAAGGUAGUCCCGAAAUAUCCCAGAACGGCGCUGCCGUUAUACAGGCCAAAGCCGCGGCUCCAGAAGGUCCUUGGCUGGGAGGCUGUCUACUGACACUAGAGCAACCAGAUUUCCGUCCGCGGAGGAUCGGAAUACUGCGGCUGGUCUUGCUGGGUUGCCCCUCAGCAUCUCGGGCACAUCUUACUCCUUGACGAAAGACCUUCAGCAAAGGACCUCCACAACCCGUGAAAAAAAGGCAAAUUUUUGAGCAAAUUAACCGACGACCUGGUGACAAAUCUCGAAAAUCGUGCAUUUUGCACGGUAUGGUGGACUCUGGGAGCCCAAAAUCGGAACUGGUGACAAAUGCCAGAAAUUUUGCAUUUUGCGCGGUAUGGUGGACGAUUGCGCACUGAUCAAAAAUUCUUGCAGCUGCAAGAAUUUUUGGUCCGUGCGCAAUCGUCCACCAUACCUUGCAAAAUGCAAGAAUUUGCUGAUUUGUCACCAGUAACAAAUCUGGCUCGGAAACGUCCACCAUACCGUGCAAAAUGUAAAAUUUCUGGGAUUUGUCACCAGGUGGUCGUUAAAUUUGCUUAAAAUUUUGCUGUUUUUUUCUGGGUUCUGGAGGUCCUUUGCCGGAGGCCUUUAGUCAAGGAGUGCCAAGGGCCCGACAUUCCCAGGAGCAACCCAACAUCGCAAGCCGCACCAUGCAGAGAGCCCCCCCAGCAAGGAUCGAGCCCCUAUGCGCCAGCAGCCAGCCUCCUCGCAACGGACCUUCUGGAGCCGCGUCUUCGGUCUGUACGACGGCAAAGCCAUUCCGGGGCGCUUCUGGAUUGCGUUCAACUACACGGGCCACCAUGCUCGAAGUGUAAUGCCUCGCGGGCCACAUUUGCAACAACUGAUCAAUAUGGGCAUGUGUGGGAUAUCAGGAAAAAAUCAAAUUUUUUGGGUCGGAAAAUGAAUAUGCCAAAACGGUGACGGUGACAAAUUUUCCCUGAAUACUUGCGAUGCGCCGUUCAUGAUCAUGCGGUAGUACUGAAGAGUAAGUAGUUGCUUUGUUAUGCAAGGCUCAGUGUGACAUUGACUUUUUUCAGACCCGGACGACUUUGCAAUGCAUAGCGUUAUUUAUUCUGUGGCACUUAUUUCGCGAACCAAACUGCUUCCUUUCGGUCGAUGGAAGAUUUUCACCCACCUGACGCAGCCAUACAGUGCUGCAUUUGUCACGGAGAUUUUCCGAUUACUGAAGAUGGACAUCCAUUGUGUGUAGGUGGAGACCACAGGGUGAAUAAGGAGAUCUGCAAGCACUGCUACGACACCUUCCUCGCGAGGAGCAGCUCCGGCCCACCUCCGUGUCCUCUAUGCCGUCAUAUGACUUCGUGUGUUGCGCGGGUCUGGUUCUGCUGGAAAAGGGCAAAGUAUAUUACGUAAGUACUAUUCUACACGGCUUCUUGUUCAUGUUGCUCGUCUUGGUGUUCUUGUCAUGCUCUAGUACUAGCACGACGCCGACGUCGCCCACGCGGCCAGAGACUUCUACUGUGGAGGAGCGCCACAGCGCGACGCCCACGACCAUUCUUUAUUGCAUGAUAGUUGUCGUGCAGCCGAAAAGUAGAGUCAUGAUGUACAAAUUAUUGUAUGGUCGUAUGAAUAUUAUAAAAGCCAGCUUUAUUUUUGAUAUGAGUCUCAUGCGACCACGACACGGCGCUUGUACAAACACUGCUCAGCUACAGCUAGGAGCUGUGCAUCGAUUAACAUCCUGUGGCGUCUUUUGCCGUGCGGAAAAAACUUACGGUGCUCGGCUGCACAUCGAAGUGAAAGCGUCGUGAUUUAUUGCUAGGACACAGCUUGUUCCUUCCAGUGGAAAACCCACGUGAGUGCUUGCGCUCGAUAUUCCGGACUGACAGACCGGUCGUUAGCCCCGUUUACUACAACCGCGCGAUAGAAAUUGCGGGGGUGCGAGUCCUAUCAAAUGCAAAUAUGUUGUCUCUGCAGGUCGGGAGGACGAAGAUUAAUGCAGUGAUUCUUGUAGUUUUUCGCAGACUUUAGAUUAUUUGGAGGAAGGUAUGGAAUUUUUAUGCAUAUCUCAGAUCAUGUUCACGAGCACUACAUGAACAUGAUCAUGAGUACGCAAUAAAGCUUUACCUGCUCAUCCUCAUGACGAGCCCGCUCCCGCAUAAUGCGAAGUGGUUUCUUGUAUAUUUUUCGGGAAACAAAGAGCGAGCAUCUUUUGCUGACUAAGCAAGUACUACACAGCAGAUUAUUUAUCUUGCCUCUUAUUCCAGAGUGAAAACACGACCAGCAACACAAGUUGUUUGCGUCCUUGUCCUCGGCCCGCUGGACAUAAUAUUUGCAAUGCAAGCGUCCUCUUCAAGAUGCGCUACGCGGCGCACAAAGCAUGGCUAGCUCUACUAGAUCCUGCUGGCCCAGAUGGUGGAGGUGAUGUGCCUGUUUUAUCAGGCGCGAUCCGUGGGUAUGCAAACAAGUACGGUACGAAUUACAAAACGAUAUGGAAUCGCAUCAGACCCCAAGAACGCGGAACAGAAGAAUCUAUUGGCGCAUACGAAAAACGUGUUUUUACAUACGAAAAGCGUGUUUUUACACCAAAGCCGACGCGUGUGGAGGACCGCGGUCAGCAACUACACGCCUACGAGCGUGCUCUUGACGUUUUGGCCUUACUCUUUGGACCGGAAACGUCGGACCACCAUCGCUUUUCGUUGAGCUCAAUUACUAAGCCUAACGGUGCCUUCGCGUCUCAUCACCCGUACACAGAAGAAGGUAUUGAGAGUGCCGUGCAAAGCUACUAUUGUAAUAAGGGAAAUCGUGACGAAGACGACGAUCUCGAGCAAGCGGAAGAAGCGUUAAAAUAUUUUUAUGAGGUAAAGAAGCUGGCGGAAAAGGAGCUCGAGCAAAACCAUGCUGAGUUGAGGGACAAAAUCCUGGAUGCUAUUGUUGAAUGGCAGUGGGUAUGGAUUUCAAAUAUCGAUCUGGGUCUGAGAGACGGAUGCAAUUUGUGAUCAUGGUCCUGCGACAUCUCUGUAUAAAUCUGUUUCUGGAAUCUGGUUCAUUUGCAUCCGUGCUAAUAUAAAUAAAGAAACGCUGCCCACUUGAUUUUUCUACGUAGCAGAUAGCGAGUCUAUCGAUCUUCAUCAUGCGGGGUGGGAGAGGACAUAAUAAUUGGGAAACCUUUCCAACACUUCCCUGUGAAGCUUCCCGUGCAUUGAUUCAUCUAAGCCACCAAUCGCCAUAUCCCGCUCCAGAAGAUGCAUGGCAAACUCAUCCAGCCCCCAUCCGGGAGACCCAGAACGCAUAUUUGCAAUCCAUAGUGGGCGACCCACACAAAGUUUUGCCGAACCGAUGCACGAGUGCAAGGGUAUCAUGAGGAAAAGCCUCUCUCUAUCGCAGGUAAAAGCGCUAACGUCAACGGAAUUUGUGACGCGGUAAUGCAUCAGAAAUCAAGCCACUCGCCAAAAUAAGUAUUUGCAUUGCGUCGCAUGCACCACGGAGCGAGGUAAUUGUAAUGUACCACUGCAAUCUGUGAAAGGCGUUGACGUUACCGCUUUUUUGCUUGAUCCACCCCUCCAUCCUAAAUUUAAUGUGUUUAUUACGCACGAAAAGGGCAGUAGUUUUGUCAUCAGUCUCUGUAGAUACAAUUCGGGUUCUUGGUGGGCGGCGCGACAGAAAAAGCCUUGAAAGCAACUUGGUAAGCGAGGCCAACAAGAGCGCGCUUUAUAAUUGGACAGGGUAUCAUGAUCAGGUGUAAUGCUGCAUCUUUAUUCAUCUUCUAGCCUAGUAAUAUAGUAAAAGGUCUACGACGACCUAUCAUAGUGAACGCCCGGAAGUGCUAGGCUUCCGGAAUAGGCGAAACAAGUCAAGAAAGACGCGCUUUCGGUCUUUUCUUUCAAGGCAAGGGCAGCUGUUUGCGUAGAGUACAGUGUAGAUCGAGAAUCUUCACAUCCCCUUUUGGGUACGGAGAGGGACGCCUUUCCACCCCCCAAAUAUGAGAUCCUCCGAUGUGAAAUUUCAAAAAAAAACAGAAAAAAGGCUAGGGGCUUCAUCUCGUAACUUAUAUAUUUAUUUCAACAUACCGUCUCCUCGAUUUAGAUUUACAUUUAAUUAUUUAUGCAUCGAAACUAGGUAAUUUUUUUUUGAUUUGCUUGGAAUUUCAUCAUAUCUGAGGACGUCAUAGCGAUAGCGGCUUCACGCCCUCCCAGUGCCUGCGGGAGACGCGCGUGUCUGCGCCUCCUUACCGACGUCUCCCCGAAAAAGGGGCACUUCCCCCCGCCAGUGUGCCAGAUGGUGCGACCUUGUCCGGCGAGGAGUGGAAGAAGUGGCAAAAAGAAGCGCGGGAGGCGUUCAGCUCCAAGCCCCUUCCUAUGAAAGGGCACAGCUCGUGGCCCUCCUCGCUCUCAUCUGUAGUACGGCAUGACCAUGAGCCCCAAGAACUACACAUGCAACCAUGAUCCAACGGCAGAUACUAAUGUGGCUUCCGCUUGACAAAACUGCGCGCGGAUUGUAUGUAGUACUUUCUGAAAUUCCAAUAUUUGGCACGCAGACAGUGCCCUGCCUCAAGGUAGGAUGUGGAUUUGGUAUUUUGCAUAUACAAAUGAGAAGGAUGGGGAGCUGUAGUUGUGCACUUUCAUACCUCCUUGCCCGUUCGAGGAGAAAACGGAUGCGUUGGGCUCGUGGAUGGAGAUUUUAGGUGUCCCAAUAUCAAUUGCAAGCGUGUCCGGGAGAUCUGAAAAUGAACAAAGAGCGUACGCUCAUUUGAUGACAUUGUCACGCUUGCGUGACGCUGACAGGAUAAAUGGGAAUAAAAGUUGUAAAAUCCAUAAGUCUUUGGCUCCGACGUCUGGAUGCGAUAGCGAUACAGAAACAGCCCCUCUCUCGCUAGAGCAACUUCUCACGCGGGUCAAGAUGGGCUUAGCAGCUCAACAACUUGCACGCGUGGUGUCAUGGAGGGAGCUGCUUACCAUCCACACAUGAGCAUCAGCAAACAUUUUUUUUAAGACCAGUCACGCUUCCACUUGAUACAAGAACAAUCCUGCGGUGGUGGAAGCCUACAUGGAGAUGGGAAAGCGUUACACGAAAGCAAUUGCGUAUCGCGAGAAAAAGCUGUCUCGUCAGUCUCGUCAAUUUAUAAUGCUGUCACCCCUUGCAGCACUUUUUUGUCAUGCCCCAGGUGAUGAACGAAAGGCGUCUUUCGUAUGGGUUUUGUCUAUCUAAUGGUCUGUCGCGUCACAGAUUUUGCGUGUCGUUCUGACCAAAUUUGCAGGCGUGGAAGUAAGUGAAAAAUCUGUGUGUCAUACUGACCGAGCUGAGGACUCCAUGUCGGCGGAUAGUAGGAGUUGUCAGGCCCGACGGACCCACUGUCGUGCACGAUGUCCCUGGUGGCUUCGUGUCCUGCGGCUGGGCGUCGGGUCCUCCGGACGCUGAAAUCUUCAACACGCAGCCUGUAUAGAAGAUGCAGCUGACCAAAAUAAAAUCACCUUUUUUUUAUAUGUUGAGUCUGCAAAUAAAAUGGUUCGGGAAGAUUGUUGAGACAGUUGCUUUUUCUCACCACAUCGCGAGGGAUUUUCUUUUGGGCGAAGUCCGGCUGGUUCUUGAGGGAGUGAGAAUGCCGCCCCCACAUCGCCCUGGGAAGGCGCGGGAUUGGCACGGUCAGAUCUUGCCUGACCCAACGAAUUGGAGCCGGCGGUAGUUCCGGAGGAUGAAUUCGAAUGGGGUUCUUUGUGCAUAGAAGUUGUAGAGCUCUCUUUCCUAUUGUUGUCCUGCUUCUAUUUCAAUUUCAACACGGGAUUAUAGCUGAGUCAUAUAGUUCCUCCUCCUCCUCAUAUAUACUAAGUAAGGCUCAGAGCCUUCCAUGAUCGCGAAGUUGGUACGAAGUAAGUAUUGCCGAUCCACUGCGAACAUGUCUUAGUCUCGAAGAGUGUUGACACAGACUACAUCUGCCAGGCAUAUUUUGCGUGACCACCUCUGGUGUCAGCGGUUUUUUGAGGGCGGGCGCGCAGUUGUAAUGCCUGUGCCGCACCACGAAAAACAGAAACAAGUGCCCUCUUCUCCGUGUCAACAAUUAAACCCCUCUUGCAGCUGGUCACGCAGUGCAAAAAUUUUGUAGAAUCCGAUGGCAGCGUCACGAGCUGUACUCUUCCAGACCCAAACAUUUUUAUGUUGCUUCCAGACAAAACGCCAGACGUUUCUAAUCUAUGUUGCGCAAUAUUAGCAUGAUAUCGUAUUCUAGUGGACGCAAUAGCAAGUGCUUAAGUUCUCUCUCUACUUCAUUCCUAUACGUAGUUCUCAUUUUUUACCUUUGAAAUUUGAAGUCGUUCUCUUCCCUGUGUUGUGUCACGGUCUUGUUUCCAGACAAAACGCCGGACAUAUUUGCAGGGCAUAUAAGGUUUUGCCGCCUGCUCAUGAGUUUCUUACUUUUGUUCAGAUCGAUCAAUAGUAUUUUUGUGGAACUGGAAGCAGAGCACUUUUACAAUCAUGGUAGACGCAUUUUAUAAAGUAAUUAUGAUUAUAUAAGCAAGGGGGGUGGUUGGAUCAGAAGGUGCUUAAGGGGGUCGGCGGAUAAAACGCUUUGCAAAGGCCGUCCCUUGUUACAAAAGAAAUUGUCGCAGCUGUGGCCGCGCAUGUAAUUGCCGCGCCCCCUUUGUGGCCCCACCUAUCGGACCACUCUACAACAUCGUGGCCGACGGCGCUCGCGGCCCGAAGCAAGCCGCCGCGAGUUCCGACACGACAGGCCGUGCGAAAUUUGUCUUCUUCUUUAUUUCGGCCCGAGCUUCGCCGGGGGCGUGGGUAUUAAAGAGGGCCAGCCCCCCGACGCGUGUAACCCUUGGGCCGUGACACUCCGGCGGCAGGAGAAUCCCGGAAGAAAAAAAAAAACGCGGCGCCGCCGUUGUAGUAGCUUGCUAGCCCAGUAGGCAGGCGGAGGCGUUGCGAAAGACAUAGCCGCCGCAGCCCCCCCCAAUGCCUGCCAUCAGUGCUUGCGGGCGAAAGUGAAAAACUUACCUUCUUCUUUAUUUCGACCGGCCUGAGCUGCGCCGGGGGCCUGGGUAUUGAAAAGGGCCAGCCCCCCUACGUGCGUAAGUCUUCGGCCAUGACUUUGGAGCGAAAAGGAAAGUGAAGCGCGCUGCCCUGCCAGACCUUCUGCAAGAGCGCAGGCGCAGGCCGGUUUGGGCAUUGCAAGCGGCCUGCUUGUACGGGUCCAGUUUCUGUAAGCCCUGGCGCGCCCCAUUCUGCGGCAGGGGGCGUGGAAAUCUACUGUAGAACGGGGGUGGGCGCCUGGCUUUUGGAUUCCCUCGUGGCCGUCAGGUGCCAGACACUCCGGUGGCGCGAGUGCAAGAAAAGCCGAGAGGAAUAUUAAAGAAAAGAAUGGCGGGGAGGGCUUUUCUCUCGUAUGUUUGUCCGGCCCAACCCCUUACAAUUUUGUCUGGUGUGGGACAUCAAAACCAGGAGGAACCGGCGCAACGAUACCCCGUCGCUUUAUUUGCAAGGCGGAAAUCAUGUUGCCCCCAUCAAGUUUUGACUUUGUAAAGUGCCAGGGCGGCGCGCUUGUAAAUUUUGUAAAUUUAUCUGCUGAGCAGGUUCUUACGUGCUCCUCUUGACAUGAGCGGAGUGCUCCUCUUGACAUGUGGGCGACAGCUACAGUCGGAGUGCUCCUCUUGACGUGGCGCGGCAGAUGAGGCCGGCGCGAUGAAAAUACCUUCGCGACGAGUUGCGAGCCCUGACAGACUAUGCUAAAGCAGCACGAUCAUCAUGGAGGAAGAGGCUCUUGUUGGUGCAGCUACUCAAAUGCAGCGUCGCGAUCGUAAAUUCCUCCAAAGCUAUCGUCUUUGAUGAAGAUCCUCAUCGUGCCAUGAUCGUAGUAGUAACAGCUCGC